AUGAACAACCAUCUUGCUCUCAACAACAACGACUCCCUGCAGAACUGGCAGGGAGACCCCACCCAGUUCUAUAAACAAAAAUUUAACCCGCCCAUAUAUCCACCACCACCGCCCUCCAGAUCAUCCUCAUCCUCCAUCUCCAGGAAGAGAGCAAAAUUGGGGUUCCACAAACAACCCGUCGUCCCCCAAAGAACAGUCUGCUCUAGUACAAAAUUCUCCAUAAGGGGCCGCUACAAGAUUAUCAAAGUCCUAGGGAAGGGUUCCUAUGGUGUGGUAUGUUCCGCCAUGGAUAAUAAAAACCCAGCAAAUGCAUACCCUGUGGCCAUCAAGAAAGUUACCAAUAUCUUCCAGAAGGAGAUCUUGCUAAAGAGAGCUAUUAGGGAAUUGAAAUUUAUGAACUUCUUCCAAGGACAUAAGAAUAUCGUUAAUUUGAUAGAUUUGGAAAUCAUAAAUGAAAACUCACCAUACGAUGGAUUGUAUUGUUACCAAGAGUUGAUCGAUUACGAUUUGGCCAAGGUUAUUCAUUCCUCCAUCAAAUUGACAGAGUUCCAUAUCCAAUACUUCAUGUACCAAAUUUUAUCAGGUUUGAAAUAUAUUCAUUCCGCUGAUGUCAUUCAUAGAGAUUUGAAACCGGGGAAUAUAUUGUGUACGUUGAAUGGGAAUUUGAAAAUUUGCGAUUUUGGCUUGGCAAGAGGUAUUAACCCCAAAUUUUAUAAUGAUAAUGGUAACUUGGCAAGUCCUAAAUUACACGAUAUUACAAAUUACGUGGCGACAAGAUGGUAUAGGGCCCCGGAAUUGAUAUUAUCUCAUAAGAUGUAUACAAAGGCAAUAGACCUGUGGUCAGUGGGGUGUAUCCUGGCUGAAUUUUACGGAAGGAGACCUAUAUUUAUGGGUCAUGACACGUUACACCAAGUUUAUGAAAUUGUGAAAAUAUUGGGUCCACCAUCACAACGAUUAUUGUCUCAAUUCGCCUCCGUGAAAGCUUACAAUAUAUUCAAUAAUAAUUUAGCCAAAUUACAUUGGAAUUCACCAAUUGAUUGGAAAACAUUAUAUCCAGAAGCAUCUAAUUCAUCCAUUCACUUAUUACAAAAUUUAUUGAAAUGGAAUCCCAGGGAAAGAUUUGAUGUGGAGCAAGCAAUUACACACCCAUUCUUAAAUGAGGUAAGAACUCCCAUGGAUGAACCAGUUCAUAUGCUAGGACCUUUUGAUUUUUCUUACGAAUUUAAAUUGAAUUCAAUGGAAAUAUUGAGAUCAUACUUAAAGGAGGAAGUGAAGAAGUUUAGACAGAAUAGAAAUUACAUUUAUAAUGACUAA